UAUAACCGACGAAGAUGGUGAAGAAAAGUGGUGCGUCUCGAGAAAAACCUGAAUCUUGUCCGUUUUGCAGUCGCGAGUCAGUUCUUGUUGGAGGAACAAGUCCGGAAUUGGAAACCGGUUCCCAACGUCUUGGUGGCAAUUGUUGGAGGAAAAAUUCUAGUUAUAGCAGUGAAGAAAGUUCAGGAUCAAAUGCUGUGUUGGAAGAUGUUUGGAAACUGGUGCGAUUGGGUGUAAUUGUGCGAAGAAAACUGGUUUAGUGGAAGAUUUAAAUGAUGAGUGGUGGUGUGUAUUUUGAUUUGUUUUGAAAAUGUGCUACAUAUGAAUAGAGAAGACCUAAGGAUAUGACUGAUCGUUAGAAAAUUUGUGAUAAAGGUGCAAAUGCUAGAUGAGUCUAUAGAGCAACACAAUGCGCUGCAACUAUGAUUGGACCGCGGUGAUGCUGGCAAGGAACUGAAAGCGCUGAUCCAUCCUAGUAGGCGAACUAGCAUCCAAAAUAGUGAGACUCAUGGUUUGUGCUGCCGUUGGACGGUGUAUUGGUGAGAGCAGUGGUUGUCGCAAAUUCUCUCGCUCUCGCAUCGCGACGACGGCGGCCACUGACUGCGAACUUGACUCCUGCUCCUGCCGUUCGUCGUGGGUCAUUACGGCGGAGUGUCCUUAUGUACUAAACUAGCAGGUGGUGGCAAGGCUGCGAGGGUGGCGUGCGAAGAAAUGUGCGCCAUGUCGAGGGAUGAGGCGACUCGGAAACACCAUGAACUUUGCUAGCUAAGAAGCAAGAAGAUGCAAACGGCCAGGCUCAAACGGUUCUCGUUCGUCUAAGACAUUGGUUGGUGCCGUGGCAGUGCGCAAGGUGGUCGUUUUUGGGAUAUAUUUCGGCUCGCGUGGAGACUCCGUAGUGGUGGCACGUGGCGCGAGGGGGACAAUCGGUGGUCCUGUGAGAUUGUUCGUGUACUCCUAGAUGGGGAAGAAUCCCGUAAGGAGCUUUGCGCACUUGGGGUGGCAAAUUUUUAAGAUGGAGGAAAUUUUAAAAAAGCAAAGAGUGAUGAACUGAAGACUGAAGAGUUUUAAAGUGAAAACGUCGUGUCAAUAAGUGAAAUUAGUGAGUACUGAAACGAAAGUAUUAUCAAAGUAGGAAAGCUUUCAAGUGAUUGAUAAAUUCAGUAAAAUUGUAUAUAAGUAGUUUAAUAUCCUUAAAACUGAACAAAUAUAUGUAAACAAAAACAAUCCUUUGCAAUCUGUAAACCAAAUAAUCAAAAAGAUUAAAACCUCUAAAAAGAAAAAAAUAUCUUUUUUCACAAAAAAGUGCAAUAAAGAAUUCCUUCCAAUGAUGGAGAAGAAAAAGGAUUGAAAUCUCAAGACCUCCUCCCAAGAAAGAACCAGGAGAAGGCAAAUGUCUUAAAGGAGCUACCGAGCGACCAACACAAAAGCACCCAACGCAUACACUUCCGAUCCGCAGUGCGUUUUGGGGCUCUUCUGUUGCUGUGUGCAUCUCACUCAAUCGCCGCAUAAGCUCCUUAGGAGGAUUUUAGCUUUUCCUUCGUCUUGAAGACGCAAGACAUCGUCGGGUCCAGGGGGGUGGUGGUGGUCAAGCUAAGGAAUACCGCCCCAUCUUAUCCAAUCGAUACCGGUCAGGCACGAGUCAGGCGGAGAACGUCUUCGGCCGUCCAAAAAUGAAAGAAAACUCAUCCAUGGUGGACAUCGUGUUCGACGAGGCGGCAGCGGACUUCAACCCGGACACGAUGCUGUCCAGCGUGUUCCUCGAUCCGGGGCUGGAUUUCAUCGACGAAGCACUGGUGGGGGGCGACGAGCACAUGAUGAUGAUGGGCAUGGGGCAGGACUUUCUUCACAGUUUUGCGGGCACUUCGCAGCUGUUCUAUCCACCGUCGGCACCUUCGGAACAGCAACCGCAACAGCAAGGGGCGACAGUGGCAUCGCUAGUGGAUGGCGAUCAGCUGGCGUUGUCAACUCAGUUGGCUGCGGGAUCGUUGCCGCAGCAACUAAAAUGUGCUGUUGAACAGAAGUCCACGGCGACGACACCGACCGCGACCGGCAGCGAUUAUGUAAAACAGGUGGCGGCCCCUGCUAUGACGCCCCAGCCUCAACAGCAGCAGCAGACGUGCAAGUGUGAAUUCUGCGAGUACCUCCAGGCAAAUCGGAUCAGUUUGAGUGGCUCGGCCGGAGUAAGUUCCGCUGGUGGAGGAGUUGGGGGCGACCACGUGUUCCAGUGCGAGUUCUGUGGAGAAGGAUUCGCCAGCCAGGGGAGCUUCAAUCGACAUCGCUGCGGCAGUACGGACAUUCAGGUGUACCGGUGUGAGCAAUGUCGACGAGAGUACGGGACGUCCAGAACGGAGUCCAGCAUCAACGGGCUGGAAGCGAGGAGCAAAUGUGAUAUCUGCAAUCGAAACUAUGUGCAAUCAACGACGACGACGACGACGACGGUGGUGGGGGGAGAGGGAGUGGGGACGGAAACAACGCUUUAUGGGCAGGUUGGACGGCCUGCCCUGGCGGAAGCCAAUAGCUACGGUAGCAACAGUAGUGGUACCGGUAGUAGUAAGGCUUCCGUCGUAGAUAGUCCAAUGGAACAUGACCUCAGCAGUAUUGAACCGUUCGGAUCGGAUAGCGAAUGUAUUAGUGAAUUAUUAACGGAGGAAUCGACUCCGAUGCUGGACACCCAGCAAGUCGCGCUUCCCGGGAAGACCUACUUUGUCUUGGGAAAUGUAGAGCUGCAGCAGAUGGCAGCCGCCGUAGCGACGGGAGGAUCUUACCUCCAGAAUGCCAAAGUCAGUAGUGAAUCAAAUGUAACUAGCUUGCAUCAAUACGACCAAUACGAGGACGAAGACUACUCAUCGAUGUCAGAAGAUGAAGCUAUUGUUCCAAUAGAACCCUAUGCCAAAUCGCCCAACCAGGAGCAAGCCAAAACCGAGUUGCCAAUCCAAGAAACGAUCGUGGACACCAGCACCAAUGUGGGCCUUCCGUCGUUCUCGUCCAUUGUGUCCUCGUCUUCGGCCGCCUUCACUUCCAUAGUCCCCCACGAGGAAGAAGGCCGGUGUGAUUCGUCCAGCAAAGGACCAGACCCAGCGCCUCAACCGGAUCGUCCAUUCAAGUGUCACAUCUGCGAGCGAUCCUAUCGGAACCACAAGAACCUCAAGGCCCACAUCAAGGGAGCGCACGAGGGCAUCCGGGCGAAUAAGUGCGAGAUUUGCGGGAAGAACUUCUCCGGCAGUAGCUAUCUGGUGAUUCACCGGCGGAGGCACACCGGAGAGCGACCCUUCAAGUGUACGACCUGCGGGAAGGCUUUUGUGGACAGUCGAGCUCUGUCGGUGCAUGCUCGGCUUCAUACGCCGGGCAGCCGGUUAAAGUGCAUGAAGUGUGAAAAAACUUUCUCCAGCGCUUCAGCGCUGACGGUGCAUAAUCGACUGCACACGGGAGUCCACCCGUACAAGUGUGAAGUUUGUGAGAAAACGUUCCCGCAGUACAACAACCUGAAACACCACAUGAAGAAGCAUGAAAACCCUCAAUCGGAUCAACAUCCACUGUUGGACAGUAAUUCUAAUUCUAGCAGUGUGGGUGGUGGAGAGGUGAACAGUCCAGCUGGCACUUCGGUGGGAUCUCCUGGAUCGCACGAGUACAAAUGUAACGUAUGUGGUAAAACGUUUGGGACAUCGGAGGAACUUCAGACCCACCUAAAUCAGCACUGCAAGGAUCGACCGAAUCAGUGCGAAUUUUGCUCCAAGGUUUUUCCCCGGUCGUCGCAUUUGAUUAUUCAUAGAAGAAGGCAUACUGGUGAACGACCUUUCAAAUGCAAAUACUGUGAGAAGGCAUUCGUAGAUUCGAGAGCUCUCUCCGUCCACACGAGGCUUCAUACAGGUGAAAGGGUAACAUGCGACAUCUGUUUGAAAACCUUCGCCAGCAGUUCUGGUCUCAUAGUUCAUCGACGAAUCCAUCUUGGCAUACACCCCUACAAAUGCGACUACUGCCCAAAAUCUUUCGCCCAAUCGACGGCUCUAAAGUAUCACCUCAAGAAACAUGACGCCGCCAAUUUGCCCACAACCACCGGCAACCCGCAAACGUCAACCAUCGAUUCAAGUUCCUUCUCGGAACACUCAUCGGACCAAUCGAAUCCCCCAUCCACCAACACCGCAUCCUCCACCAGUCCGGAACCGUCUACCACCAAACCAACACCGGAUCACGUCAAGUGCCCGGUCUGCAACAAGCACUUCCGGUCGGCUGAAUAUCUGGCACGGCACCGUAGGACCCAUUCCGGCGAACGGCCGUACCAGUGCGAGAUCUGCGGCAAAAACUUCAGCACCACCAGCUAUCUGGUCAUCCACCGAAGGCGGCACACUUCCGAGCGACCGUACAAGUGCCCAUAUGAGGACUGCUCCAAAGCAUUUGUCGACAGUCGGGCCCUGCAGGAACACAGUCGAUCGAUCCACUCGAAAAUCCGUGUUCCUUGCGAGACCUGUUCGAAAACCUACUCGAGCGUGAGCAAUCUGAUCGUCCACCGGAGGAUCCACAGCGGAGUUCAUCCGUUCGAGUGCGACAUUUGCGGAAGGUCGUUUGCCCAGAAGAACGCACUGAAGUAUCAUCUGAAGCAGCACGUCAACCGACAAGAAACUGUAAAAAGCUAUCCGCAGAAAUCGGAGGAAAUUUUAAACUAGACAUGUAGUUAUUUCAACAAUCCACAGUGGGAAAAAACGUGAUUCUAGCGCUUUUAAUGAAUAGGGCCCUAGUUAUGCUUCAAGAAUUAUGGUAUUUUCUGGAAAAUAUGUUACUUUAAAGGUACAGUCAGCACUCCUUUACUCGAUAUUUCGUAUCUUGAUAUAGAGUUUAAGAACCAUAGUGCAGUAGGUUUUCAUGGCUAACUCAAGUUCUAGUCAUGGAGAGUUGAUUGUAUUAUUUAAAAAAAAUGAUAUAUUUAAAAGUAAUUAAGCUAUGAGCUUAGUGUCUUUGACAAAGUUGUUCAAAACAGCAUUUUCUACAACUUUUGUGAAGAAAAGGCCCAACAAAAAAUAUGCUUUCUCACUUUUAGAAAGAAUAAUUCAAAAGAAGGGCUUCACUGACUAAACGUUUGAAAAGAUGUCAAAACGCAUGUAGAAGUAUUGAAACGAUAUUCAUUAAAAACGCUAAAAUGACGAAAUCUGUCACUGUGUAAUCCAAUCCUAAUAACAAUAGAACCAGACCAGUAUUGAAUGUAUAGAGUAAUCUAAGAGUGCUAUGAAUUUGCGAUUCCAAGUUUCGAAUGCAGUGAUCUAGUAACCAAAGUAGUAAGAUAAAACAAGAAAUCGUUGAAUGGAUGUGAAACAAAAAUAAAACUUUGUACAUUAAAACCGUUAGAAUUUUACAAUUCAAGUGUAAACUAAGUCAAAGAAAAGAAUACCGCGCAAAAGAAAACAAAAGAAUCGUUCCUUAUUUGAAGACUUUUAAACUAAUUUUAGUAUCCUAGAAACCAAGAUGAACAAAGAGAGAAGUGAAUCCGCGAACUAAACCAAAGUACGGCUAAGUGUAGAAUAAUUAUGAAAUCUUUUAAUUUAUUACAAUAAAACGAAAUGUAACGAA